AUGAAUUACAUGCAUGAGAUCCUAGAAAAGAUCAAGAUAGGCAUAAAUGUGGUCAUAUUUCUUUUGAGGACUGAUCGUGGUAUACAAGCCAGUGAGGUGUGUGGUGAAUGUUUAAUUUUGCUCAACAAUUUGAACUGUGGUAUUGAUGACCUUGAUGUGAAUGAGGUGAUAUUCAAUGCGUACUACGCAAUCUCUGGUUACACAAACGCAGCAAGAUACACCAGCAGACUAAUUGGUAAGUUCCACAAUGCUGGGAUAUUAAUGAUAAAACUGGGAGAAAAAUAUCGAGAAAAGAGUAGGUUUGCAGAAGCCAAGAAACUCUUUGAAAGAGCAGUUGCUACCAUGAAAACUAUCGGCUGUAAAAUAAAAGAGGCAGUGGCUAAUGAACAUCUUGGAGCUGUGUUUCGAUCACUUGGAGAAUAUCAGAAGGCUAAGGAAUAUUUCGAGAAAGCACUUGCCAUCGCAACAGAAAUUGGCGACAAAAACAGUGAAGGAACACUUUACGGGAAUCUUGGAAACAUGUUUUAUUCACUCGGAGAAUAUCAGAAGGCUAAGGAAAAUUGCAAAAGAGCACUUACCAUCGCAACAGAAAUUGGUGACAAAAACGGAGAAGGAGCAUCUUACGUGUGCCUUGGAGGUGUGUUUUAUUCACUCGGAGAAUAUCAGAAGGCUAAGGAAUAUUGCGAAAGAGCACUUACCAUCGCAACAGAAAUUGGUGACAAAAACGGAGAAGGAGCAUCUUACGGGUGCCUUGGAGAAAAGGAGAAGGAGCAUCUUACAGGAAACUCGGAACUGUUUUUGAAUCACUCGGCGAAUAUCAAAAGGCUAAAGAAUAUCACGAGAAAGCAAUUGCAAUCGCAGCAGAAAUUGGCGACAAAAACGGAGAAGGAACAUCUUACGGGAACCUUGGAGGGUGAAUAUCAGAAGGCUAAAGAAUAUCACGAGAAAGCACUUGCCAUCGCAACAGAAAUUGGCAACCCAAACAAAGAAGGAAUAUUUUACGGGAACCUUGGAGGAGUGUUUCAAUCACUCGGUGAAUAUCAGAAGGCUAAAGAAUAUUACGAGAAAGCACUUGCCAUCUUAACAGAAAUUGGCGACAAAGACGGAGAAGGAGCAUGUUACGGGAACCUUGGAAGAGUGUUUCAAUCACUCGGUGAAUAUCAGAAGGCUAAAGAAUAUCAAGAGAAGGCACUUGCCAUCUUAACAGAAAUUGGCGACAAGAAUGGAGAAGCAACAUCUUACGGGAACCUUGGAAUUGUGUUUCAAUCACUCGGUGAAUAUCAGAAGGCUAAAGAAUAUCACGAGAAAGCACUUGCCAUCGCAACAGAAAUUGGCGACAAAGACGGAGAAGGAGCAUCUUACGGGAACCUUGGAAGUGUGUUUCAUUCACUCGGUGAAUAUCAGAAGGCUAAAGAAUAUCACGAGAAAAAACUUGCCAUCGCAACAGAAAUUGGCGACAAAGACAGAGAACAAGCAUCUUACGGGGCGCUUGGAAGUGUGUUUCAAUCACUCGGUGAAUAUCAGAAGGCUAAAGAAUAUUACGAGAAAGCACUUAAGGCUACAGAACACAAUGGCAAAGCCCUUGCCAUUAGCAAGAACAUUUGCGAUAGAAAAAGCCAAGGAAGAACGUACCUACACUUUGGUCAUGUGUCUCUAUCGCUCGGCAAUUAUAACGAAUCAGAAAAGUACUUCGAGAAAGCGCACUUGAUAAGCAACAAAAUUGGAGACAUUAUGACUGACUUUGAAAGCCUCCUCGGAAUCACCUUGUUAAAGAUAUCGCAAUCAGAGGUAGAGAAGGCAAUGCUGUAUCUUUCUCAAUGUAUGAAAAAAUAUGAAGAGAUGCGAAGUCUCCUCGCAGGAAAUGAUGACCUAAAAACAUCUCUCUUAGAAGGGCACGGUAAUUUUCCCUACAAGUUGUUCAGUCAGUUGCUUUGCGUCACUGGAAGCCAUCGAGAUGCUCUUUAUGUGGAGGAGCUGAGACGAGCUAGAGGCCUUGUGGAACUAAUGGCGGAGAAGCUCUCAGUUGAAAGCCACAUCUCAACUGAUUCAACAUCAUGCAAACGGAAACAUUAA